AUGAAAUCCUGCAAAUCCCAUUCCCUGGACCCUGGGCUGGAAGCCGAGCCCCCGUGCAAAGGUGGCAUGGAGUGCGUGGGCAAGUGCGGCUCCGAGAGGAUGGAGAACGCCGCCCGCAGGCGGCUGGCGGCCAACGCCAGGGAAAGGCGCCGGAUGCAAGGGCUCAACACGGCUUUCGAUCGCCUGAGAAAAGUGGUCCCCCAGUGGGGCCAGGAUAAAAAGCUGUCCAAGUAUGAGACGCUGCAGAUGGCCCUGAGCUACAUCAUGGCCCUGACCCGGAUCCUGGCCGAAGCGGAGAGGUACAGCACCGAGAGGGACUGGCUCAAUCUGCACUGCGAGCACUUCAGCCCGGACAGCUACCCCGCGCUGGUCGGGCCCAAGCUGCCGGGGGACGCCGAGCACUACGCCCAAAGACUUUUCGCCUACCAGCCUGAACACUUCCAGAUGGCCACUUAG